AUGAACGUAGAUCCAUUAGACUCUUCCAGCGAACAGCCGAUGGUACCUCCGGAGGGUCUCUCGAAAGCUCUUCUUCAAACAAUUGACCCCCCGGAAUAUACUCGUCAUCCCAGCUAUGUGGGGGACCCCACCACUGCCGUGGACUUGCACAAUGUAAGCAAUGUUUCUGCUCUAGAUAUACUCCCAGUUAAACUGGCGUCAUUGAUGAGCGAAGAAGUCAACUCAUUAGCAGGAAGCGGACCAUACGAUGCGGAAUAUGCAAAUGAUGGUCAUUCCGAGAAUAAUGAUCAACAAGAGGAAGAGGAAGAUUUGCACAACAUUUUAAAGGAUUUGAUACGACAAGAACCUCAUAGUGUUUAUACAACUGUAUCACAGUCUCUAUCAAUGUCUGGUCAACACCAUUCUCCAAUACAGGGGAAUUCCUCAGUCACCGACUACAAAAUCUUCCCCGUAGACGACAAUGUUACCCCUCAAACUAUCAUUGAGAAUUACAUAUCACUCACCAAAGAAGAUGAUUCAGAAGCAUUCCAUGAUAAAUUCAAACAUGUGUUCAUAUUAUCAUCGGCAGGAAAGCCCAUCUAUUCCAUGAAUGGGUCCGAUGAUGUCAUUCUCGGAUACAUGGGGUUGAUAACAACCGUGGUCUCAACAUUCAAAGAAGUAUCACAUGAAGAAAUUAAAUCUAUCACAUAUAAUGAUGUAAAGAUAGUAGUGAUGAACAAAGAUCCGUUGAUCUUUGUAACAAUUACAAAACUUGGAUAUGAAAAAAUGGAGAGUAGAACAAAUGAGAGUAUCUUAUCACAUCAACUAACCACCCUUUAUAAUUAUCUAUUAUCGGCUAUUUCAAAGCAUACCAUUACAAAGAGUUUCCAUAAUCGGAUGAAUUAUGAUCUUCGGAAACUUUUAACUCCAUUAGAUUUCCAAAACUUGGAUUCUCUUUGCAUGAAGUUGACCUAUGGGUUAACCAUUGGUAUUGAUCGACAAAUUGUUUCACGAGGAGAUCUUGAUCUGGGAUUCGGUGUUUUCUUGGGUCAAUUGCUCGAUUCUGCCAUUGAGUGUGCUAGAGUUACCAAUACCACAAGACAGAAAUUGAAUUCAAUCUUGCUUUCCACCAAAAAAUUAAAGACAAAACCCGCUAAUACUUCCAAUUCAUCAUCACAACCAAUUUCUAUACUUAAAGAUUCUAUCCCCUUUCUUAAUGGGACAGCUUCUCCUCCUCAUGAGCUGUAUGUAGCGGAAGAUCUUUUAUUUGCCCUUUUAUUGAAUUCUACUGAUAAAAUCCUUUCUGCCAUGAAACCAAAACAUCAUAAUUUGAAGAAUGAAGAUUUGAAAAUUCUUUUGGCUAUGGUUUCCAAUCAAAGACAACACUCCAUCCAAUCGAACGAUACCACUGAAGAUUUGUGGGUGCCCAUAUGCAUGCCGUACUUCAAUAGUGGAGGGUUUCUAUAUGCCUUCAUUAAAACAAUUAAAUUGGAUUCUACCACUCCAGUCACAAUUGUUCUUCUUAGUGGAAACAAGAAUUCAUUUUUCCAAAUGAAAGAAGUAUCAGAGCAUUUGGUAAGGAAACUUACCAAGAAUCCAAUCUUUGUUGAAGAUUUCUGUAGAGAAUUAUCCAAAUCAAGGAUAUCAUUAACUCAUGAUCUUCAAGAAACAGUCAUUAAACAUUUCAUUUAUAAACUGAAACUGUGUAAUCAAUUUGUCUCUAGUGGGUUGGAUCAAGAAGAUCAAACCAAUUCAAUUUUGAAAUUGGUACAUUUCUAUUCAACCUUACAUAAUACACAGAUUAAUGCAAUGAAGUUGACUCCAACUAAACUGAUCCCACCUAUGGGACCGAAAAACCAAAAUAAAAGAUUUACAUAUAUGAAGAGUAUGGGUCAAGGACCUCAUUCAAUGAUUGGGUUUAUGCUUUUCGGUGAUACUUAUGAAUUCUAUUGUUUAUGUGAUGUGUCGUCGGUGAGUACACGUGAGCUUAUAAACCGUAGUUUAAAGAUCAUUAAAUGGUGUGAAAAGUAUAGCAAGAGAUUAUUUAUUGAAACUGGUGCUGUUUUCUAA